AUGUGUGUGAGCCAUCGUGGCCGUUUCCGGAAGGUCGGUGACUACAUCGUUUAUGAAGUUGCUGGGUUCCGCUUCUUCAUGAUUUUAGGCAAAGACAUGAUUGUUCGUUCUUUUCACAACGCCCCCUACUUUGAUAACCUUCCAGGCUUCGACAAAAGUCAAAAUAGUCUCUUCGAGAUUCAUACAAAGGAAGACGGAUAUGGAUUUCUUCACAUCAACGUUAGCGCCAGCGAGGAUGUGGCUACUACGACUCCCCUAGAAGCUACCCGGAGCGGGGAACUCGGCCAAAUCAAGCUCGACUCUCACCUGAUUGAUACCAUGGAAUUUAAGGGAAGAUUCAACUGGAAGGUUAUACUCAACAAUCAACCGAAGAAAUCUUCGACAGACGCUUCAACCAAGGGCAUUAUGGGAACCUUGUUAUCCCAAAGCCCGCCUUCUGUUGGAAAGAUAAGCUUUUUCCCUUUAACGACGGUACAGACUAUGUCUAAUGGGCCCUUCUGGUACCAACUUACCCACUCUCCUGAAACAUCCCAGCAGACAGCAAUACGUUGCGACGUAUACUCUUCUAUUGCCUCAAAAGACUAUAAACUUGAAGAUGCUACUAAGAUUUCUCUUACAAAUGAGCUGAAGCAAAAUAUAAGAGAGUUUGAGAAGCAACACAAGCAGUUGACUACUUCUGGUUACCACUCAACCGGUGCUAAUGAUUCACAUGUGAACAUUCUUCGCAUGGUAGAAGGGCAUCUUGGGCAGGAGAAAAUCAGAGGCUCUGAAAUCAAACCAGCUACGGUUAAACAACAGUUUCAAAGCGAAGCUUUUACUAAAGCUGACCAAAGUGAGUUUUCCUUGGUGAGAUUAUAA